GUCGUAAAGCAAACGUAUAACUCGCCUCAACAAGAUAGCGCAGUGUGUUAAACACAAUCACACACACAAAAAGGAAACAAAUCACUAUUCACCAAGUAUAAUCCAAUAAUCCAAUAAUCCACACGUUUAGCGCCACGUGGAAGAUAGGAUUCCACAACCAUCCCACCUUUUUAAUCUUCUUCACACACUCCACACCAUUUCCACAAGCCAUAACUCACAAAGAAACCACCUCAAGUCUUCUAAGCACAUAAAAAAUGGCCUCAACAGCUCUUUCAAGCGCCAUCGUCGGAACAUCCUUCAUUCGUCGUCAAACAGCUCCUAUCAGCCUCCGUUCCCUCCCCUUAGCCAACACUCAAUCCCUCUUCGGUCUCAAAUCAGGCACCGCACGUGGUGGACGCGUCAUCGCCAUGGCUACAUACAAGGUCAAGUUCAUCACUCCUGAAGGAGAGCAAGAGGUUGAGUGCGACGACGACGUCUACGUCCUAGACGCUGCUGAGGAAGCCGGAAUCGACUUGCCUUACUCUUGCCGUGCUGGUUCCUGCUCGAGCUGUGCAGGUAAAGUUGUGUCUGGAUCUGUUGACCAGUCUGACCAGAGUUUCCUCGAUGAUGACCAGAUUGCGGAAGGAUUCGUUCUCACUUGUGCGGCUUAUCCUACUUCUGAUGUUACCAUUGAGACCCACAGAGAAGAUGACAUUGUUUAAAACCAAAGCUCCACAACAUGCUUUUGAUGGUUUCAUAAUCAUUGUCUUUACAUUUUGGGUUGAGUUUGUUGCUACUUAGUAAAAUCUAUUGUUGUCUGUUGUAAUCGAUCUUGGUUUCGCCCACCUUUUGGUAAUAUCAAUGGAUAAUUGUUUAAAACU